AUGUCGGCUACGAGCAGAACGCUUACCGCUUACAGGCGGCUGAUUAUUAGGGACGAUCCUCAGGCGGCGUCCAAGUACGUUGCUGACUAUGUCAUUGAACGCAUCAAGACGUUCAAUCCUACAGCAGAGCGGCCUUUUGUGUUGGGCUUGCCCACGGGAAGCAGCCCAGUCCUCAUAUACCAACAUCUUGUCCAUCGCCACAAGGCGGGCGAAAUCUCAUUCCGCAAUGUCAUCACCUUCAACAUGGAUGAGUAUGUUGGGAUCCCGCGGGACCAUCCGGAGAGCUACCACAGCUUCAUGUAUAAGCACUUCUUCUCCCAUGUCGAUAUCAAGCCCGACAAUAUCAACAUACUCAAUGGCAAUGCUCCUGAUCUUGAGGCGGAAUGCUUCCAGUACGAGGAAAAGAUCGAGCAAGUCGGUGGUAUCGAGCUCUUUCUUGGAGGGAUUGGGCCUGACGGACACAUCGCAUUCAAUGAGCCGGGUUCCAGUCUCCAGUCUCGAACACGUGUAAAGACCCUUGCGUAUGAGACCAUACUCGCCAAUUCAAGGUUCUUUGGGAACAAUCUGGAUCAAGUGCCCAGAAUGGCUCUGACAGUAGGCGUACAAACUGUGCUCGAUGCGCGAGAGGUACUCAUUAUCAUAACGGGCGCACACAAGGCCCUUGCGCUCCAGAGAUGCAUAGAGGGCGGUGUGAAUCACAUGUGGACACUGUCGAGCCUCCAGAUGCACCCACACCCAAUGAUUGUAGUCGAUGAGGACGCAACUUUGGAAUUGCAGGUCAAGACAGUCAAGUACUUCAAGAGCAUCGAAAAGGUAUCCAAUGAGCUUGGGUUCCGACAAAAGCUUCCGCGAAAGCGCGAUUCACUUGUUGACGAGGGCACCUUGCUAGUGCCUGAAUCCCAAAGUUCUGGUAUCAAACUGACUGUACCUCCAUUCGACAUUUCACGUUCGACAAGUCCGGUGCUGGAGCCAAUGAGCGCACGUCUCACGGAUGAGGAGGCUAAGUUGCUGCGCCCCAUGAGCGAGCUCGAGGAUCAACCGUCGAUUCGCAUGAGCGCUCGUGUCGAAUCCUGA